AUGUCGAAGAAAUACGGUCCUGUAGUCCGAUUGAAGCUAGGAAGUGUAUCUUUGGUUGUCGUUUCUUCAGACGAAACUGCAAGACAGAUUCUCAAAGUUCACGAUUUCCAGACUUGCAGCCGACCCAAAUUGUUAGCCACAGGCGUUUUCUCUUACAAUUAUCUUGAUAUAGGUUUUACUCCUUUUGGCGAAUACUGGAAGGAGGUCCGCAAGAUUAGCGUUCAUGAGCUUUUCAGCAACAGUAGAGUCCAGUCAUUUAGGUACAUCAGAGAGGAAGAGGUUGCUUCACUCGUUCAAUCAAUCUCUCAAUCUGCUGCUUCCAAGUCUCCUGUGGAUUUAACCGAUAAGCUGUUUUUCCUUAUAGCGAAUAUGAUACUGAGGGUUGCAUUCGGAGGCAAAUUUGAGAAGAAUAAAUGCGAGAGCGGCGUGUUUCAAAGGAAUGUCAAGGAAACGACGUCACUUAUGGGAUCCUUCGCUGCUUCUGAUUUCUUUCCUUGUGUUGGAUGGAUUGUUGAUAGGCUCACAAGUCUCCAUGGUAGGCUCCAGAAGAGUGCACAAGAACUGGAUGCUUUUCUGCAAGAGACAAUUGAUAAGUAUGAAGGACAUAAGGUAGAAGAAGGGAAGGAGGAUAUCAUUGAUGUGCUCUUAAAGAUAGAGAAGCAGCAGAAGGAACAAGGUUCUGUUACUCUCACCGUAGAUAUAUAA